GACACUCACCUAGAAAACGCUCCACUUCGUCUGCUCAACUCCAUAACCAAAGAAGCGGUCGUAAAGUAUUUCACUUGGGUCAUGUUAUCGGAGCCGCGACUGCGUGAAAUUCUGGACGAGAACGUGUAUACAUUGUGUCCAGUUGGAACCAUGGAAAAAUGGCAGAAGUUCUGCGAAGUCGCUCGCGGUGUAGGGCAUUUCUGGGCAUGGUGCGACACCUACGGCAUUGACUAG